CCGCGGGAUCGGGGCCGCUCGCCCGCCCGUUCGCCCGCUGGCCCCGGGGAUGCAGCGGGAGGUGGGCACCUUGCCCCUGGCCCCCGCUCUGCGGGCCCGCCUGGUGGCCGCUGGCUUCCAGACAGCGCAGGAACUGCUGGAGACCGGUCCCUGCGGGCUGAGCAAAGAAAUUGGAAUCUCCAAAGAAGAGGCACUGGAAGUGUUACAGCUUGUGAGGCAGGAAUGUCAGGGGGAUGCUACAAGGAGUGCUGGGGGAUCAGGUGCCACCAGAAAGUGCACAGCACUGGAGCUGCUGGAAGAAGAGCAAACCCAGGGCUUCAUCAUCACCUUUUGCUCAGCACUAGACAAUAUUCUGGGAGGUGGUGUGCAGCUGACAAAAAUCACCGAGAUCUGUGGAGCACCUGGUGUUGGGAAAACACAGCUAUGUAUGCAGUUGGCAGUAGAUGUACAGAUCCCGGAAUGCUUUGGGGGUGUAGCUGGAGAAGCUGUGUUCAUUGACACUGAAGGCAGUUUUAUGGUAGACAGAGUAGUGGACAUUGCCACCGCCUGCGUGCAGCAUUGCCAGCUCAUUGCUGAGGCUCAUCAAGAAGCAGAUCAUCUGAAAGCUUUGGAGAGUUUCUCACUGGAAAGUAUCCUCUCUCACAUCUAUUACUUCCGUUGCCGUGACUACACAGAGCUUCUUGCCCAGGUCUACCUCCUCCCAGACUUCCUUGCAGAGCAUUCAAAGGUCCGACUGGUGGUAAUUGAUGGAAUUGCUUUUCCUUUUCGCCACGACUUUGAGGACCUCUCGCUGCGAACGAGGCUGCUGAACGGGCUGGCCCAGCAGCUGAUCAUCACAGCCAACGACCACAGAGCAGCGGUAGUUCUGACAAACCAAAUGACAACAAGGAUAGGACAGAACCAGUCCACAUUGGUACCUGCUUUAGGAGAAAGCUGGGGACAUGCUGCUACUGUGCGUUUGAUCUUUCACUGGGAUGAGAGUCAGAGGUUGGCAACAUUGUACAAAUCACCAAGUCAGAAGGAGUCAACCAUUCCAUAUUGCAUUACACCUCAUGGCUUCAGAGAUGUGCAGCCUCCAGCUGUCACUCAGGAGGCAGAAGGGACUGAAAUGAACCCUCGGAAACGGCCACGGAGAGAAGAGGAAAAGUGACAAAAUGUUACAAAAUGUGUGCUCCAGGAGAACAGCUUUGUAGUGAACAGGCAACCAAGAGUAGCCUGAAAGACUACAAUUCCUGCUCUGGAUGUUACUUUGACAUUAAGGCUGCAAUAUGCAAGCUUCUGCCACAGGAGAUUGCUUUGUGUAUGGCACAGUUUUAUAAUAAAAAAUUAUG